CCUGAGCAGCCGCCAUCCCUCAUAUGCGGCCUCAAGCCUCACAUAGUCGGGCAUACACGACCCCCCACCAUUCCCACUUCGCUGCGCUGAGUCGCGGAGGCACCGGAGGUUCCGAACUUUGAGUUCCAUGUCCUUCGUCCUCACCAUCCGCCUGCUCGCGACGAUCCUCCCGGGGUUCGCGGUGCUGCUUACGCUGCUCCGACUGUACUACCGGUGGUCGAGACGUCAUCUGGGCUAUGAUGACGCCUGGGCAGCGUUCGCCGUGGUCUGCUCGUUCUUCAUGUGCGCUGGGGCAUGGACAAGGAGUGAUACUCCCGCGACGGGGCCAUUUCACCACUCCCACCGUGUCCGUGUAAUCGGAUAUUAUAUGCUGAACGUGUCAUUCACUUGCGUUCUCUGGGCCUCUCGGAUGAGCAUUUUGUUUUCGAUCAUCAGGCUCAUCCCGAGCUUGUUGAAGCUCCGCAUCUACGCCCAUCUUUCUGCUGUAUUGUUCGGCUUGAUGUGGACCGCACUCCUUAUCCACAAAAUUGCCGUAUGCGAGUCCAACCCCGCCUGGAAGCAGUCCCCCGGCGUGCAGUGUGUCCUGGGCCACGGGGUCGGGGCGUUCGAGCUAGCCACCGACAUCCUCGCCGACCUCAUCCUCGUGUUUCUCCCCAUGCGGCUGCUCUGGCGCAUCAAGCUUCCGCGUGGGAAGCGGAUCCUCCUGCAGCUGAUCUUCUCGGCCAGCAUGUUCACCACGAUCGUCAGUAUCAUCCACGGCGUCUACGUGUUCAGCACCAACCGGAACGGCGAGGGUAUCCUCGCUCACAUCGAGGCCUCGACGGCGCUCAUCGUCUCCAACUUCGCGGUGCUGCUCACCUGGCUCAUGCGCUCGCUCGGCCACGCCCAGGGCAGCGAGGACGCCCCAGACACGGGCGGGGCCUACGGGUCCCAGCGCAAGCAGAUGACCUCUCUGCGCUUCUGGAGCCGCAACCAGACCGCGCCCAUCGUGCUCACCGGCCUCUCCGGGAGCGGGACGACGAUGACGGCCAUGCACACGCGCAUGUCGGGCGAGAGCGCGGAGGUCCCGCCGACGGACGUGGAGGACGGCCGGAGCCGCAAGUCGUUCAACAUGACCCUCGGCAAGGCGAUGUAGGGCGACAGCCGUCUGCUUUCACCUUUCUCGCACAAGCGGCCGACGGAGAGGCGUCGGACGGGGGCGGUUGAGGGGCCGGUCGUCGCUUCUCAUGGACAGUUCGUUCCGCAGUGCUGUAGCGUCGGUGUCCCCCAGGAGCUCCGCUUAAAUGUGUUUUAACAAAUGUGGAAUACUGGACUUUAAAGCGGUCAGCGUGGUCUUGUCCGCGAGUAGUGUAUGUACUGGUAACUGCGCAACUCUGUUCCCU